AUGUCGUCACAUAGCCCCCGAGGCCGUCGCCGACGGGAUAGCUACGAUGACUACAACUACAAGAGUCAAUACGGCAGAAAUCCACCGCCUCGAUACCAAAAAGAUGACCGCUACCCAGCGUACGACCGCGGCCGCCAAUGGUAUGACGACAACUAUGCCUACCGACACGAGUCCUACGAUAGUGAGCGGGACAGCAAACAGGCGACCAAGCCGGCCGAGAAGCGUAAGCCCAGGAACAGAUCCCUCAAGGAGGUGACCAACAGGAUAAAGGACCUCGUCGUGCGCUCGACAUCGACCAAGCGGGAGCCUUCCCCGGACGCCAAGAGCGACAUGACCGCGGCGUCGGGCCAUACCCGCGCCACCCAGAGGAGCCUGAGCUUGGCCGACUCGGAUCGCAGUCGCAGUCGAAGCCGCAGCAGGAGCGUGGGCAGUCGCGCAAGCUCAGUCCACACGCGCGUCACCGCAAAGAGCCGUGGUGGACAAACGUCUGGGGCCAGGAGUGUGCGCGGCAGCGAGCGCGGCGGUGAGAAGAGCAGAAAAAGGGACAAGAGCAAGCACGGGCGGGAACUUGACCAUAGUGAGAGGAUCAAGCAGGCGCUGCUGGCGGGGUUGGCCGCUGGGGCUGUGGAGGCGAUUCGUGUGCGCAACGAGCCAGGGCCGUGGAGGGGGCCAAAGGGGAGGAGGGUCGCGACGGCGGCGUUUUCGGCUGCGGCAAUCGAGGCGGCGAUUGAUAAGCACCCCGAUCACAACCCCAAUAAGAAGGCCGUUAUCGCCAGGCUUGGCGGACUGGUGAUGAGCCGGCUGAUUAACGGGCCGACCGAAAGCAAACGGAAAGGGAAGAGAAGAUGA